CACACGUUUAGUUCGCUCACGUUCGAACUGUUGUAGAUGGCGCAAAAAUCAUUACCCCGUUUUGACCGGCAAGUUUCCCUACCCUGGCAAAUAUUGAUUUCUGGAAAUGUUUGUAUUUGCCCACACAAAACGAAACGAAAAUUACAAAAAGUAAGUCGACAGUCGCUUAUGCAUACCCCUGCCCACACGAGUCCCAAUUUUCACAGGUUGCAUUUUAGCCUUAAUUACAAGGUGACCAGAACAGCACUUCUCGUUGCUUUUCAAACAAUAUUGAAAUACGACAUUUUUUACUUAUUCUGCAAUAAUAUUAUAAUACUUAACUAUUCAUAAUACUACAAUUGUACUGAUCUCUUAAUACCAACUCAAGCAUUCUCUUACCUCCACGGCAACUGUAUCCCGCGACAGUUGCAGUGGUAGAAGCACGUCCAACGAGAUGUAUGUUCCUUCUUUGUUCUGUGAUAGGAUUGGAUUGGGCCAAGUGAUCACAAUCGAGUGAUGAUGCUUUCAGUGCGAAUAAUUUAAAUGCGGUUAUGGCAUUUUUCAGUGAGAUUGAUGAACUACAAGAACAUUUCAAGAGCCACAAUAAAACAAGGGAAUACCAGGCUCACACUUCAAAAGUACACUCGGUUGGCUGGAGUUGUGAUGGGCGCCGGUUGGCUUCGGGUUCAUUUGAUAAAUCAGUUUCCAUUUUCACACUGGAUAGAGAUAGGCUGAAUAAAGAAUUUACGUUUCGCGGUCAUGGGGGAAGUGUCGAUCAACUCUGCUGGCAUUCGUUCAAUACAGACUUGCUUAGUACUGCAAGUGGCGAUAAAAGUGUCCGCAUCUGGGAUACACGAUCACAAAAAUGUGCUGCAACUAUUGUGACGAAAGGUGAGAAUAUCAAUAUUGCAUGGACACCAGAUGGUAACACCAUAGCUGUAGGCAAUAAAGAAGAUUUGGUUACGUUUAUAGACACUAGAACACACAAAAUAAAAGCUGAAGAACAAUUUAAUUUUGAAGUUAAUGAAAUUGCUUGGAAUAAACAGAGUAACUUAUUUUUUCUAACUAAUGGGCAAGGAUGCAUUCAUAUAUUGAGCUAUCCUGACUUGGAGUUACAACAAGUGCUGAAAGCUCAUCCUGGUACCUGUAUUUGUAUAGAGUUGGAUCCCACUGGCCGUUAUUUUGCAACAGGAUCUGCAGAUGCUUUAGUUUCAUUGUGGGAUGUAGAAGAAUUGGCAUGCUUGCGUACAUUUUCAAGAUUGGAUUGGCCAGUAAGAACCAUCAGUUUCAGCCAUGAUGGACGGUUAUUAGCAUCAGCAUCUGAAGACUUGGUGAUUGAUGUUGGUGAGGUAGAGACUGGAGAAAAGGUUGUUGACAUACCAGUGGAAGCAGCUACUUUUACAGUAGCAUGGCAUCCUAGUCAGUACUUACUUGCAUUUGCUUGUGAUGAUAAAGAUACAUAUGAUCGUAAGCGUGAUGCAGGGACAUUAAAAGUGUAUGGGUUCCCAUCAGACUGAUUGAAGCAUAGAAUUACAAAUCAUUGAUCAGAAUAAGGCUGUGAUUUGGCAAUGUUCUGAAAACUCUAUCCAUGAAACAAGUUGGAAUUAAAAAUGAUAUUUUCAAAAUUUCCAGGAUUAAGAUGUUCUUUGUUUACCUCAACUUUGUUAUUAAAAGAAUUGUAAAAUUUGCAAGUACAAUUUAAUACUUUUAUUGAAUUUAUUUUGUAUACAAUGUUUUAUGACCAUGUUUCUACCUGAUAUCUUCCACAAGCUUCUAACCUUGCUAACCACUGACUAGCUUCCUCAGAAGACAGCUGUCCAUAAGAACAGGCCACAUCAUUAAUAAGUACAUCUUUUACUGCAGCUGGCAUGUUAUCUGAUCUUCCAGCCAAAUAAAAAGAAGCUUGCUGAGAUGAAAAUAGAGACCACAACAAAGCAGCUUGCUCUUUCAUAAUGUGUUGCACGUACCUGUGAUUAUAUAUGGUGUCAGAUGAAAGCAAAACAACUUGUGUGUAUAUUAGUAUGGAAGAUCUAAGAACCACUAUGCAGUUUUUAAACACAUUAGUCUUUCCAUGUGUAACUUGAAAUCAUUCAGUAUUCAAAAAUGUUUGUACAGAAGGCCUGCAUUACCUACAAUACUUGGGGCAAAGACUUUUUGGUUAAAGUUGAGUACACGGUAUACCCUUAGAGAAGCGUGGCGGCAAGGAGGGGUCUCCUCUACCCUCCCUCAAAUUUUGCUAAGCGCUCUGACAGAAAUGUAUGAAACUUACUGAUAGGCGAUUUUUAUGGCAGUUUGACUGACUGUUUUAUAACCCAAAAAUAGGUUAUUACUAAUACCAGAAUUAUACUCAACUUGCUUCCCGCAAAUGGCCCCUUUAGCAAGGAACACUUACGCACUUGAGGAGUUCUCCUUUCUUGCUACACUUCCAAACAAAACCAUCACACAACUUCCUUCGCUUGGCCAACCUUAUAGGUCACUUACACACAGCACACUUAAAUCCUGCA